CGAAGGCGUUCAGCUAUCACUACUACCACUACUACCGAGCCUCCACCCCGCUUUCAAAUAUCCACACAAAAUAAACACCUUUACUUCUACCAACCAUGAAGUAUACCCUCAUCGCUAUCAUCUCAGCCCUCUCCACCUUGGCCUCUGGUUUGGCAGUGGCGGACCAAGCCACCCUCCUGGGUGCCAUCUACUUCCCGGACAUCGCUGUCGUGAUCAAGGAAGACGACCCAAACACACCCUUCCCAACCAACAGCGCCCAGGUCUCUCGUAGAAACGGGCAACAUACUGUCAAGACCCUUCUCGGGUUCUAUCUCUCCGGCUUCGCCCCGGGCAAAGAUUGCAAAAUCAGCUUUAUCGAGCCCUACACCUCAAAAGGCAGUCGCAGGAUGCAGUUGUUUACUACCAUCGGGUAUCCCACUGAUAAUAGCACAUGGAAUUCGAAGCCUUCCACGAAUAAUCAUAUUGGCACCUUUAAGGCUUCCGCCCCCGGCCCACCGAGGGUGAUUGAGGAUUAUGGUUUGACGUUCCAUUGCCCGACAACUCCUACUAAGUACGGGUUCGAGGUGCAGCCGGUCGGGGAUGAUGAUUACGUUGCUUGGAAUAUUAGAACGGGAGGUUUUGUCAUUAUUCCUCAGUACGAAUAAGGGUCUCUUGUAUUGAAGGGGGUAGUGGUUAGGGGGACAUGUGGUGGGCCAAAGAGUUGGCAUUUCGUUCGAUCAUGUUUUAUUUUUUCUUCUUCCGUUUUCUUAUUGACAAUUUUUCUUUUGGGAUUUCUUUUCUUUCCGGUUUGGCUACAGCCUUGACAUAACCUUCUUACACUCCUUCAAGAGCCUUUGGCAAUACGGUAGACAUAUACGCUUGGAGGGCAUUUAAUAAAUUCUGGUGGCAUUGUUCUGUA